ACGGCACUGACCGGACGCCAUUAGAGUUGGACUUAAAAGCAAGAAGCGCCAAAGAUCAGCUAUUUUUUAAUAUUAAAUCAGACAUUUUUUUAUUGUUUUUCCCCAACCAGGAGACCAGGAGAGGGGGGCCCCACCGUGUUGCGGGUUGUAUGUGCGUGCGUGUGUUGGAUCACGAUGAUGCAAAGUGCGGCGAUCCUCCCCACAGAGAGUCCCGUUAAGAGUUUACCGGACAUCCUGGGAGUGCCUCUGCAACAGAUCCCUCAGUGUGCGGGCUGCAGUCAGCACAUCGUGGACAAGUUCAUCCUGAAGGUUCUGGACAGACAUUGGCACUCCAAGUGUCUCAAGUGCGCCGACUGUCACACUCCGCUGACCGACAAGUGCUUCUCUCGGGCGGGCAGCGUCUACUGCAAGGAGGAUUUCUUCAAGCGUUUUGGAACAAAAUGUGCAUCCUGCCAACAGGGAAUCCCUCCAACGCAGGUGGUGAGGAAGGCACAGGACUUUGUGUAUCACCUGCACUGCUUCGCCUGCAUCAUGUGCAGCAGGCAGUUGGCCACCGGGGAUGAGUUCUACCUCAUGGAGGAUGGCAGGCUGGUGUGCAAGGUGGACUAUGAGACGGCCAAACAGAACGAUGAUUCUGAGGCAGGGACGAAGCGACCGAGGACCACCAUCACGGCCAAGCAGCUGGAGACCCUCAAAAGUGCCUACAAGAACUCUCCAAAGCCGGCGCGACACGUCAGAGAGCAACUUUCAUCUGAAACGGGGCUGGACAUGAGAGUAGUACAGGUGUGGUUCCAGAACCGCCGAGCAAAAGAAAAACGUCUAAAAAAAGAUGCAGGCCGCCAUCGCUGGACUCAGUUUUAUAAAAGUGUUAAACGCAGCCGAGGGGGGUCAAAGGUGGAGAAGGAGAGCUCGGCAGAUGAUGCAGGACUCAGUGACAGUGAACUGAGCUUCAGAGAUGACCAGGUGCUGUCAGACUUGGGCCAAGGCAACGGCCUCUACGGGAGCGUUGGCGACAUUACAAACAGCGCGGUCUUGAACGGCAGCUUCUCGGUGGACGCAGCUGGCCAACCAUACCACGACAUCCGCGCUGGAAGCCCCUACGGUCUCCCUCAGUCGCCCUCCUCCAUCGCCUCCCUGCCUGGCCACACCCCUCUCCUAAACAACCUGGCUUUCAGCAUGGACAGUCUGGGGGCGCAGGGCGGACCGGGCGGCGUGGGUCAGGCUCUGAGGGCCAUGGCAGGAGGCCCCACCUCAGACCUCUCCACGGGCAGUAGUACGGGAUACCCGGAUUUCCCCACCAGUCCUGCGUCCUGGCUGGAUGAGAUGGACCAUUCCCAGUUCUGAACCACUGUGAGGACAUAUUGGCCAGCCAACACACACACAAGACUUUUUACAUGUUUCUAUCAUGUGUGAUGAAGAGGAAACAGCUGCUUAAGGAACCCCCGACUCGUGUAUCAUACAAACUUCAUUUGCUCAUUCGACACUUCUCAACAACGUCAGGGCUAAAGUGUUGAUCCGGAGGCGCCUUGCAUGCUUCUGACCGAUCAUGACGAGCCUUUUUACGUUGAUGAUGCACUUUACUCUCCUCACCACUUCCUGCACACGAGGACACAAGCGCAGAAUUAGAUAAAGGGAAGAAAAAAAUACAAAAGGGAGACGUAUGCACAAGGCUGAAACAGUGUUGCAUUGGGAGAGAAUUUUACAAGAACUGUGGCACAAGUGUUUAUUUAAAAACAAAAAAAUACAGACAUUUUUCUAUUGGGGAGUCCAUGUUUGGCCCAUCCAUGAGUGCUGAUGUUUUUCAUCUGUCUCUUGUGUAUUCAUGGGUGCUUGACUUGUUCUUGUCUGUGUAACACCGUCUGGAGACGUGUCAGUAUUUAAUUAUUGCUGUCCACACCCAAGAGUUUGAAAGCCAAAUUAUUUAUUUGAAGUAUUUCAUUUAUUCUUCAUAAAAUGCACAGACAACAUUUUUUUGAGACUUACAGAUCUUUUUUAUUUUUGACAAAUGGCAAUCAUGAUGUUGGGAUGUGUUCAAUGACGUUUCUAUUCUAGGGAUGGGCAUUUGACUAAAUGUUACCAUCAAUUAAUCGACUUGUACUUAUUUCAAAAUUCUGUUCUGAAAAUGUUCUGAACUCCGGUUUCUAUUGUCAGUUUUGUAUUGAGCAGAGCUGCUUCAGAGGAUCUGACGUAAGUUAAGAAUGAAUCCACAACAGUGCCUCUGCUGGUUGCAGCCUAGUAGUGCACGCCAUUUUGCCUCAAUUGCUUUAAGACAGGAUUCCGCUGCAAAUUCUUAGCAGUCACUUAAAGGGUUAAUAUGCCCAUCCCUAACCACUUCCUUUCUUUUUGGAAUUUUGCCUGGUGAUCUCUCAGCAUUCACACACAAAAAGUGAAGCCUUGAUUUUAACAAAAAAAAAAUGACAACAGUAAAAUUACACAAGAACAAAGCUGUCAAAUACCAACACCUUUACGAGGAAUACUUGCAUUACUGCUACUGCAAUCGUACGAGAAUAAAGUUGGAAUUUUAAUGAGUCAAUGAAUCCAAACGUAGUCCCAAAAGCAGUCACUGUCGCUCCAUAUCAGAGGUAUCCAAUGUGUGGCCCGGGGGCUGUUUUUUUUAUUGGCCGGCAAAACAUUUGAACAGAAAAAAACAAAUAAAUAAAAGCAUAAAGUCAAAA